UCAAGUGUAGUUUUAAACGACACACAUCUCCGCAGAGAGGAGCCGAGAACUCAAACUUCUCCGGCCGAACAGCAGCUCAGUUUUGUGGAUAUAAAGUGCUGAGAGGAGCUGUAAAGAAGCAGCCCAGCCCCGGAGAUAUAAACGGUUGUUUGUGCCAUGUUUUUCUAACGGAUUAUUUGAUGCAGUUUCCAGCUGACUGUCCACUGAAGCAGGAUGAACGGAUAUGAAACUCCAGCUCUCGCCUCGGGCAUCUUCGGCUCCUACAGCUCACAGAUCAAUGGCCAUGUCUCUCCGUCUCCUGAGCCUCAACAUAAAGCCAAGUCCAGUGCCAAAGCUCUGUACGAACAAAGAAAACAUUUCACCAAAACGAGCAUUAACAGUCUGACGGACACGUCGCAGUAUCACGUGGAGCAUCUGACCACGUUCGUGUUGGACCGUAAAGACGGGCUGAUCACGGUGGACGAUGGCGUGCGGCGUCUCCGCCUGCUGGACGCUAAAGGGAAGGUCUGGACUCAGGAGAUGUUGCUGCAGGUGGAGGAGAGAAGCGUGAGUCUCAUCGACCAGGAGACGCAGAACGAGCUGGAGAACUUCGCGGUCGGGACGUUGCAGCACUGCCAGGCUGUGAUGAACUCCUGCAGCUACGACUCCAUCCUGGCUCUAGUGUGUAAAGACUCGGGUCAGAGCAAACCGGACCUGCACCUCUUCCAGUGCGACGACAUCAAGGCGAAUCUGAUCCACGCAGACAUAGAAAGCGCCAUGAUGGACGCCAAAGGAGGCAAAGUGAAGAGACGACCAGAGGCGCUCCGGAUGAUCCUGAAGAGCGACGGGGUCAUCCCCCCUCCCCCCGCUGCUCCCGCCCCCGAACCCCCCGCGUCGUCCAAUCAGGUGGACGUCAAGAGUCGAGCCGCCGCCUGGUCGGCCUGGACCAAUGAGCAGCAAGACUAUGAGAAGCAGCGUCACGUUUCGGAGGAGGACGGGGCGCUGGAGAUGAGCGCGGCGCGAGUGGACCGGGACGUUCAAAUCCUGAACCACAUCCUGGACGACGUCGAGUUCUUCGUCACCAAACUUCAGAAAGCGGCCGAAGCUUUUAACGAGCUGUCCAGGAGGAAGAAGGUGAAGAAGGGCAAGAAGAAAGGUCCGGGAGAGGGCGUUCUGACUCUGAGGUCCAAACCUCCCGCGGAGGACGAGUUCGUCGGCUGUCUGCAGAAAUUCAAACAAGCUUUCAACCAGCUGGGUAAACUGAAGGAUCAGAUCCAGAACCCGAGUGCUGAAGAUCUGCUGCACUUCCUGUUCUCUCCCCUCAGGAUGGUGAUCCAGGCGGCGGGCAGUGUGGAUCUGGCUCGUAGCGUCGUGGUUCCUCUGCUCACCAGAGAGGCCAUCGACUUCCUGCACGCUGCGGGGACAGCGGAGGAGAGACACCUGUGGGUCGCUCUGGGAGACGGCUGGACCAAGAGCAGGUUGGAGUGGCCGAGGGAUCAUUACUUCCCCCCCUGUGCGCUGACGUUUCGGGACGGAUGGGAGCCUCCGGUGCUGCCGGCUGCGUACAGAGAGCAGGAGCCGCUGAGUCAGCUCGCAGAGAGUCUCGCCAACGCUGAGAUCCAGAGACACGAGGAGCUGAGGAGCAGACUGGAGGCGGUGCAGAGGUUCUCUCCUGACGACGGGUACGCAUCCUCCUACAAACGCCUGCAGAUCCUGGAUCAGGAUUUGGCCUUGGCUGCUUUUAAACAGGCCGUCAGCCGCCGCGUAGACGGGAGUUUUGACGCUGACGGUCGAGUCCAAACGAAACCUUUUGCCAAAUCUAAAUACGACUUUGUGGCGAGAAACAACACGGAGCUGUCCGUCCUCAAAGACGAGGUCGUCGAGGUUAUCGACGACAGGAAACAGUGGUGGAAGGUGAGAAACGGCUGCGGGGCGUCGGGCUAUGUGCCAAACAACAUCCUGGACCUCACCAGAGCCGUGGACAUCACCGGCCGAGGGGAGCCCAUCUACAGCCACACCAUCCAGCUCAUGAUGCCAAAGAAGGAGUUUGAGUUGUUUAAGCAAUUACUGGGAGAGUUGAACGAGAAGCAGACGUCCAGGACCGACUUCAUCCCCAGUAAACCCGCAGCGACCCCGAUGCCUCCGGCUCCCACGCCCCCCCCAGCCCCCGCCAGGCUCCCCACGCCGCCGCUGCCCCCCCGGCCCCCGAGCCUGCCAAGCCGGCCGUCAGCCGCCACAACAGCACCACGUCCAGCGACAACGGCAGCGUCGCCCUAAGGGAGAAGCUCAGCCAGAGAGCGCCGCCCGCCAACCGGGAGCCCGUCAACCGCAGGAAGUCCAACAUGGAGGAGGUGCAGGACGAGCUCAUGCACAGACUCACUUUAGGUCGCAGCGCUCAGAAGAAGUUUCCGGUUUCUUCUCGCGGCGGCGGCGGCGUCCCGCCGUCCAACAGCAUCAGCUACGACUCGUC